AUGACAAGCGCAAAACCCACAGCGAUACUCAUUGUCCACGGCGGUUACUUCCUGCCGCCAGCGUGGGGCACAUUGAGCAAUCGACUUCGCAAAGCGGGGUUUGUAGUCCAAUGUCCCCGGCUGCCCUCAUGCGGUGAUGAACGGCCACCCACUGCACUACGUGAACAUGAUGUGGCGGCGGUCCGAAAAGUGGCCCAGGAGCUCACUGAUACGGGCCACUCUAUUCUGGUCUUGGCCCAUUCUUACGGCGGCAUGGUUGCCUCGGAAGCUAUCAACCAAGACCUGUACGCCAACAAUGGCAAUGGCGUUGUAUCUCUGCUUUACCUCAGCGCAUGGUUACUGCAACAGGGGGACACACUGGAAGAUGUGAUCGGCAAGCACGGCUUUCAAUCCAAAGUGGAUCUCGGCAAUAACGGAGAUGGUACUGUUUUUGCUAAGAACGCCCCCGAAUCCUUCUACAAUGACCUUGAACCCAAGACUGCUGAGGAGUUCGCCAAAGAGAAUGUGACCCACAAUUGGGGUGCAGCCUUGGGCCCGAUGAAAGGGGCCCCGUGGAAAGAUCUUCCUACGACAUACGUGCACUGUGCUCAGGACCUGGCGAUCAUGCUUCCUUUGCAGCAGGGCAUGGUUCAGGAUGCUGUGAACGCGGGAGGAAAGUUGAUCCUUGAGACGAUCGAUGCCGGUCAUUGCCCCUUUUUGAGCCAACCCGAGGAGAUAGUUCGCAUUGUGCAAUCAACUGCGGCCAAUGUAAAGUAA